UGCCGGAGAAACUGCGUGCUCGGUGAAGCAAGGGUUCGAACCCAACUUUGUGCGCACCAAUACAUUUAUGAAUUUAUAGUACUUUUUGGUGGAAAAAGAUACAAGAAGGAGAGAGAGAGAGAGAGAGAAGGCCAAGAAGCCAUGUCUGCCACAGAAGUUUUGGUGACCCAUCCGCAGGUUGCGCAGUGUAUUCCCGAGGAGGAACUGCCCUGCAAACCUUAUUGCAUGGUCAAGAACACGGGGCCGCACUCGUCGUCGGGUCUGGCCACAGCCGGAUUUCGCACAGCCAAGUACAUCCCCGAGGAAUGGAUGCAGAACAACUAUUCCAAGUACUACCAGUCCUUCGCCGACCAGGACACGGCGGAGAACGUGCGCAACGAGGCCAAGUCUCUGAUCGCGGAGAGGGAGAAGCUGACCCAAGAUACCCAGGCGAAUUCCACCAAGAGGCUGGGCGAGAGGCUGCAAGAUAUCUUCUUCUGGAAAUCGGAGCUCACCAGGGAGAUCGAGGACCUCCUGGCCGAGACUGAGCUGCAGUUGGAGAAGCAGAGGGGCCUGGAGGUCGCCCUCGACGCCACCGAGGUGGCAAUGUUCAUCUCCACCGACAACCUGCAGAACAGGGAAAGGAGGCAGGGUCCCGACCUGGUCAAGGAUGCCGUGGAGGACGAGCUCCUCAAGGAGGCUGAUCUGAUUCAGAAUGUACGAGGUGUUUUGAAGCGAACUUUGGAUCAAGUCAUUACCCAAAUCAGGAAGAACAGAGAUAUCAAGGAACUCCUGGAGAUGGACUGGUCUGACAAGUAUGAAGCCUACAAAAUUGACGUGAAGGCUGGUGGUCUCAAUAACCAGAGCACCAACAUUCAGAUGCAUCCAAACUCUUCCAAGUUCGAGGAUAAUUCUUCUACACCAGAGUCCUGGGCCCAGUUCACCCACUGUAACAUCUACAAAGCUGAACAGGAGCGAAUGAAUUCUAUUAACCUCCGUGCUCUGGUUGACAAUGUGCUGGAGGAGACUUCCAAAGAUCUGCGUGAGCAGUAUGAUAGAGUUAACGCUGCCUUUAACAAGCGCUUGGAGGAGCUCUUUGAUGCAAAGGCCAAGAUAGACCAUCAUCUGAGAAAGAUACUCGAACAGAUUGCAAGUCAGGAGAGAAACAUUGCCAAUCUGAAACAGGCCAUAAAGGACAAGGAAGCUCCACUCAAAGUGGCUCAAACCAGACUGUAUGAGAGGACCUACAGACCGAAUGUGGAGCUCACCAGGGACCCUGCUCAAGUGAACCUGAUAUGUGAAGUCAGGGAAAUCUCGGAGUCCAUUGCACUCCUUCAGGAGAAACUCAAGGAAGCCCAGAUGUCACUGGAGAACAUGGAGAAUACGCGGAUGAUCCUCGAGAAGGAAGUCGCAAUAAAAGCAAACAGUAUAUUUAUUGACAGUGAGAAGUGCCUGAAACACCGAGUACGAUACCCAACUGUAGUUAGGUUGGCUGGUUAUCAAUAAGCUAACAGCAGGUAUUCUGUUACUAUGAGUGACUUAUCAAAUCUCCCUUGGAUGUAGAAACCUGGGUGAUUUCACACAUAUUGGGCACCUGACUAAAAGCACAAAUAAAAACACGUUCUCUAAAACAAGUAAACUAAAAUAACCACAGAAUUAUCAGGACUUUUAAUCCUAUAUCUAAAACUGAAAGCUUUUUCUAUGUUAACACGGCUGGAAUGUCAAUAAACUUAAAGAAAUAAGGAAGAUUUAGUACAUGUCCAUUAUCUUUCAAUGCCAGGUGUUGCAAUGGAAUGGGUGAACCCAAACGCAGGACACAGACACGGAGGUAGAGUAAUCUAAAGUGUUUAUUAAUGGUU